GCCUACCUAUGAUGCAGGUCGAAGCUAUCAAUUGCACUUCAGUGUCUGAGUUUGAGCUUGAUGGGUUCCUCAACUUGGGCAACUACGGCAUACUCCUCUUUGCCAUCUUCUUGGUGACCUACCUGCUCAUCCUCAGUGCCAAUGCUCUCAUCUUCAGCCUCAUCUCUGCCACUCCUCGCCUUCACGUCCCCAUGUAUUUCUUCAUUGCUGUGCUGGCCACCUUGGAGGUGUUCUACACCACCGUUACCAUGCCCAGGGUGCUGGUGGACUUUCUGAGAAGCAAGAAGUCCAUUUCCUUGAGCAGCUGUCUUCUGCAAAUCUAUUUCUUCCACAGCUUGGGUAUCUCAGAGGCCUGCUUGCUUGCAGUGAUGGCUUACGACCGGUUCUUAGCCAUUUGCGCCCCGUUAACUUAUAUGACCAAGAUGACGCCCAAACUUUGUGUUCAGCUCGUGCUGGGAUGCUGUGUGUGUGGUUUUGUGUGUCCUUUGCCGGAGAUUGUUCUGACUUCCAGGUUACCCUUCUGUGGGCCUAGUCAUAUAGAUCAUAUAUUCUGUGACUUCCCUCAGGUGAUCAGUCUUGCUUGCACAGACCUAUCAACCAGCAUUGUGUUGGAUUUCUCCCUCCAUGCCCUUGUCAUCCUGGGCCCCAUCUUCCUCAUCCUCCUCUCAUACAUGAAGAUACUGAAAGUCAUUGUUAAGAUCAAUAGCUCGGAGGGGCGCCAGAAGGCUUUUUCCACCUGUGCCUCCCACCUCAUUGUGGUCCUUACUUUUUUUGGAACUACUGGCUUCAUGUACAUGCACUUGACAUGGAUGGGAUCGGGACAUUAUGACAAGAUUGUUGCAGUCAUCUAUGCCUUUAUUAUCCCUCUCUUCAACCCCAUCAUUUAUUCUCUGAGAAACAAAGAAAUCAGGGAUGUGAUCAGAAAGAUUGUUAGUUUCCCUGCUUUGGCAUGCACCAGCAACAUGUGA